UUUGAUUUGAAUGGGUGACACAACCACUAAAAGCUAAGUACUCCUUUAUUUUCGUAUAUUAACAAUUCCAAAAAUAUACAUAGUACUACAUAUUUGAUUAAAAAAAAUCAUAAAUUGAAACAUUUAAAAAGAAAUGUGAUUUAAUUGAUUUUAUUCUUGUUAAGUGUGUUUAAUUUUAACAUUGAACAACAGACUUAUGAAAUGUGAUCACUCAAGUACGCCGGACGAGCACGCACACUCGUACACUGGUUGAGCACACACACUCGCGCCACCGGGUCACGUCAUAUGGGUGUGACGAUUAAUAAGCUCCAAUAUAAAUGUUAAUACAACACACUCUUGACUUCAUACGAGUUCUUGUGUGCUCUUACCUCUUCCUAGUGCAUCACACUCCGACCUCGGGGGACGAGUCACCCAUUCAAAAGUUCUUACUUGCGGGUUCGAGUUACUAACCUCGGGCGGCGAGUUAAACUCUUGUUUGGGCCUAGAGUCACGCUCUUCCGUUCGAGUGGGGACUCCGACUCACUUACUCGCGGAUUCAAUCUUUCUUUCAGAGGCUAGGUUGAGGCCUAACUUGGGAACUUGAUGUCACUCUUUUUGAGUAGUGAGUCCGACUCACUUACUCACUGAAUGUGGUUCGACACCAGACCAAAUGCUCUAUUCUACAACUGUUGCUUUUAUGUGUAGGCACGACUGAACGAAAGAGAGCCUGAUGAGUUCGAGCCCGACGAGAAGAACAGUUUUAGUCAUCAUCUUCACAAAUGGCGACCAUUGCAAUAAAGAUUUCCUAGAAAAGCCUACGAGCGUCCUAUUUUGGACCAACACAGAGUGUUUUUGUGCUAUCAAUAUGUCAUGGAAGAAAUCUUAAAGCACGAAGGAGGCAACAAUUUCAAGCUCAAACAUGUGGGGAAGGACAAGUUACAAAGACAAAGGUUACUGCCAAAAAAUGUCCAGAUCUCCCCUGACUUGUAUCAAACAACUAAGGCAUUCAUGGAUGGCUAUAUGGCAGCAAACUCCACACAUACAAGUCAAGGGACUCAAUUCAUACAUGAAACGAACAAUAUCUUCAAGUGUGAAGUAAAUACCCUACUUGGUAUACUUUUUGAACCUUUUUGUGAGUACACUAAGCUUAUAGGUAAUGUGGGGGUGUACUAUUUUUGUAUGUACAAUCAAAGGCAUGAGAGUACAAGUUUUUAAUGUGCCCCCACUGCUAGUGUACAUUUGUUUUCUAAACAUAAGCAAUAUAAGCAUAUUUUAAUGUA